AUGGCUUCUGAAGCACAGAUCCCAACGCCAACCUUGGGCGAAAAGCUGUUGAUUGUGCCAUUGCUCUUCAAAGUGAUAGGAUCAACGCUAUUCCGCUUUGUGUCUCUCCCAUUUGUCGGCAAAAGGGCCAACAGGCCGUUUAAAGACAUCGCAUUCGCAGCUCUACGCGCGAAUCUCGCCGGUGUCAAUGCUGCUCAAGAGCAAUGGAUGAACUCCGCACAAUCAACAGAUCAGACCUAUCUCGACAUUGCUCAGAAGGCUAAAUUCCAACCUGACACGGCUGUCCUCGAAUCUGGCCUGAAACUUCAUUGGAUCGGGCCUAAAUCGGCGGACAAGAUUAUACUGUACUUCCAUGGCGGAGGGUACGUAAUGAGCUGCACUCCAGGGCACAUUACAUGGCUUUAUGAGCUUCAGCAAGAUCUCUCCAAGAAGAGCAAUGUGGCCGUGGUCCUGGUUUCAUACACUCUAGCACCAAAGGGGCAAUAUCCACUGAAUGUAAAGCAAGCUGCAGAAUCGCUUCAAUUCUUACUCACGAAGCAAGGGAAGAAGGCCGGUGAUAUUGUCAUCGCCGGGGACUCCGCGGGCGCCAACAUGACACUCGCCCUCCUAUCUCAUCUGCUCCACCCUCAUCCAGGCGUCCCGAAAACUGAGCUCAACGAACCCCUCGCUACUGCAAUCCUCAUCUCACCAUGGGUCAAGUUCUCUCCGACAGACGACAGCUGGAAACGUAAUGCGACAUCAGAUAUGAUUCCUCCCAUCGCCGUAGGUCGAUGGGCGUCAUUAUUCAAAGGCUCGAAGCCGUCGGACGAGUACAACGAGCCGAUCCUCGCUGAUGCGAAGUGGUUCUCUAGUCUCGACAAGAUUGUCAAGGAUGUAUUGGUAUGGGGCGGUGAUAACGAGGUCCUGAUUGACAGCAUCCAAGAUUUCACCAAGACUCUCAAAGCCGCUCAUUCUAAGGUUGAACUGGUUGUCGAAAAGGGCGCUGCUCAUGAGGAUUUCUUGAUUGAUAAGCUCCUGGGGUAUGCUGAGAAGGCAGAAGGGACGCAGUUGGUCGAGAGCUGGAUUGCCGAGAGGAUCUGA